AUGGCCGAGUACCGGCAAGGUGGGGUCCAGCAAGAACAAAGAAACCACACCGCAGAACCUGUAAUAGAUGACUAUAAAAAGAUGGGGACUCUCUUUGGCGAACUAAACAAAAGCCUUAUCAGAAUAGGCUUCACAAGGAUGUACUUUGGAGAACGGAUAGUAGAACCUGUAAUAAUUAUAUUCUUCUGGGUUAUGCUCUGGUUUCUUGGCCUACAAGCUCUUGGACUGGUUGCUGUUCUGUGCCUUGUCAUUAUUUAUGUACAACAGUAAAAUUUUAUAGAUGCUGUUUGGAUUACGUAUUUCAACACCGUCACUAUGCCAGUGGAUUUAUGUGUUUAAGUAAAAGGGUGGCAUAUCAAAAGCUGUAAUGCUUUGAACUGCAUUUCACUGAACUUCCAACAUUUGGGGUGACGGGGACUAAAAUUAUAUAUUUUAAGCAAAGUCAGCAGUGUCCUACUACAUCUUUGAAGGGCAAAAAAAGAGAUGUUUGUAAUAUAAUGGUGUCCAAUGUACUGUUUUCUGCACUCUUGGGGCCUUAGUCCAAGGAUUGGCUUUUUGUCCCCCCCGCCAAUGUUCUUGCUUUGUAUAGUGAAAAUUUCCUGUCUGGUUUUAAGAGGACACUUGAUGUGAGCGUCCUGUUUCACUGUUGGGGGGGGCUCAUGUGCUGUUUGUUCCCUGAAUGUGCACAGUUUGCUGUUUUUUUUGCUGAAAAGCUAAAUCUGCACAAGGGAGGUUUGCUAACAAACCUACAAUGACAAACGUUCAUAAGGUGAAUACAACUUCCCAACACAAAAGCAUCUUUGGUUAAUGUAGCUUAUAGCAAGCUUUCCCGCAGGAAACAAGCUAUGCCAGCAAAGUGCUUUUAUACUAAUAUUAGUGACUUCACACAAGGCUUCAGCUGUUGUUUAGGAGGAAUUGCAGUCCUAUAUUGGCCAAAUGGUCUAACAUAGCUCUACCUUGUUUAUGGAAAUGUACUCGGCUCCUGCUGCUGUCUUUCCUUCUUUUUUUUUUUUUUAAUACUUGCUCUUUUCCCCAGCCUUCCUUCUGAAGAUAAAUAUUUGGAUAAUUCAUGGACUUCGUAGGUAGUUGCAGCUGCAGUGUUGGAGAGUUGCCAUUCCAGAUGUCAAUGCUAAAAUAUUGUCUGCUUCCCCUGGGUCGUGUGUGAAGUGUCUGAACAGCCAGAAAGAUAUCAGACCAGAUCUCUCAACGCUUCCCUAAUUUGCUGCAGUGUGGACCCAACACGAGCUAGAAGCUUUGUGUACGUAAGCAAAUCAGACCUGUUUCCUCAUGCAAGGCAAGAAUGUAGUUGAAAUCAGGUGGUGAUUUUAUUUAGUAGUCUUAACUGAUUGAUUUCCACGCUAGGCAACAAAAAUGCGUAUCCAUAGGUGCAUGUCAUGGGCAACACAAAUUGGAGAAAUAGGAUAUAUACAUUCAAGAGUAAGUGCAAAAUUCACUCUGGCUCCCCAGGAGCCACACCAAGGGUGUAUUGAAUAUUUCCAAGUUGAAUGUGCUCAUUUAAAGAAAAACAGUAAAAUGAGACAUAAUCUUUACUAAAUAGGCUACCAAUUUAAUAUUUGCUGUACAUUACUUUUAGUAAGAAACUUAAUUGCAAAAUUGACUUCAUCUAUGGUAGUGUGAAAUUAUACAUUUACUUAAAGAAAUGUAAUAGAAGAUGUGAAAUUUACAGAAAACUGCUUAACCUUUUACAGUGACUUUUUUCCUAAACAUUUUUAUACUAGCAGAGAUCAACAGUAGAUUAGUUGAAAAUGCUGUCUUAUCCAGAGACUUUUCAAGUUAAGGGGAGCUUCUCUGUGGUCCCAGUCCUGCAGCUGGAUUCUGAAGGCUGAUUUUAUGCCUACGUGGAUCAUGUUGGUUGCUGGGCUCUAUUUCCAGGACCCUUUUGGCCCCAGUCCUUACAGACUUUCCUAUUAGUGAAAUAAUUGUUAUUCAGGGCAGUGAACAUGAAGGCCCAGCUCCUUUAAAGUCUUUAUGUGCCUAAAUGCCAUCUGUAGACAUGUCUCUGUGCUUUUCUAAUGAAUGCGUAGUUACCUUCUGAGGAGCCAGGUCUCCUCUCCAGAUCUUCAGAUGACCUUG